AUGAGGUUGUUGAGCAGCCUCACCACUCUCGCUCUGGCCACUUCGGUCAUAGGCAGCAGCUGGUUCAGCAAAGCUGCCUACAACAAGUGGCAUGAGACUGAGCUCGAGCGCUGGCUCUCUGACCAUGACGUCCCGUACCCCACACCCUCCGACCGUAAGGACCUCGAGAACUUGAUCCAGAAGAAUUGGGACAGCUACGCAGUCUCCCCAUACAAGAACUGGGACUCGGACAAGCUCUCUGCCUACCUCAAGCAGAAGGGCAUUGAGACCAAGGAAGGUGCCGAGGCCAGCAAGGACUCCCUCCUUACUCAGGUUCAGAACUCGUGGUACGAGACCGAAGACACGGCUCAGAAUGCCUGGGCCAGCGCCAGAGACUGGAUUCUCGACAGCUGGACCGACAGCCAGCUCAAGGCCUUUGCCGACAAGCACGGUAUUCCUGUUCCCCAGCCUCGCAAGCGUGAUACUCUGCUCCAAAAGGCACGUUCCAGCUACGAUACCGUUGCUAAGAAGCUCGGCGAGACCGCUUCCUACCCUGGCAACUGGCUCUACGAGACUUGGUCCGAGUCUGACCUCAAGGAGUGGCUCGACACCAACGGAUUCCCCGCUCCUCAGCCGUCGAGCCGUGACAAGCUCAUUGCCUCGGUUCGCCGCAACUCUCGCCUCGCUUACUUGAGAGCUCAGGACCAGGCCGCCGCCGCCUCUGCCAGCGCCAAUGCCGCUUAUGCCUCUUUGACUGACAAGAUCAUUGAUGCAUGGGGCGAGUCUCAGCUCAAGGAAUUCGCCGACAAGAACGGCAUCCCCGUCCCCCAGGGUUCCAAGGUGAAUGAGCUUCGUGCUCUGGUUCGCAAGCACCGCGCUCAGAUUCUUGGCGACUCUGCUUCAGCUUCUGCUGCCAGUGCCUUUGGCGCUGCCACCAGCAACGCAAACAACCAGUAUGCCAAGGCCACUGACAGCGCCAGCUUGGCUGCCCAAGAGGCGUUCAAUUCGGCCGUUGGCACCUGGACCGAGAGCCGACUCAAGGCUUACCUCGAUGCUCGUGGUGUUCCAGUUCCCCACGGCUCCAAGACUGAUGAGCUCCGCGCACUCGUUCGCAAGAACUCUCACAAGGCUGCAUCUGGAUACAGUGCAUGGACCUGGGACGACCUUUCUACCGAGAAUCUAAAGGACUACCUCAAGAGCAGCGGUGACACUACUGCUCAGAGCGUUGCCAACAAGGCUGGUGCUACUCGCGAUGAUCUCGUCUUGGCUGCUCAGUCUGCUUACGCCUCUGCUUCCUCUGCUGGUGGAGACAGCUACGCCUCGGUUACCAGCUACCUCACCAAGGCCACCGACGCUGCUAAGCAGAACGCGUUUGACACUUGGAGCGAAAGCGAGUUGAAAUCUUACCUCGACAGUUACGGUAUUCCGGUUCCCCAGGGUUCCAAGCUGAACGAGCUUCGCGCCUAUGCCCGCAAGCAAUACACGUACUUCAAGUAUGGUACCAGCGGUCCGGCUGAAACUGCAUUUGCCAAGCUCAGUGAAGCUGUUAAGGACGGCUACCAGUGGGUUCUUGACCAGGUUAUCGGCGGAUCGGAGGCUGCUAAGAAGAAGGCGCAAGAUACCAAGGCAGAGCUGUAA